AAAAAAAGGAAAAAACACAUUUGAAUAUGUUGUAGUGUGGUAGGAGGAGGAGGAGUAUCCAGCAGCAUCUCCCCUCCCUCCCUCUCUCUCUCUCUGUCUGUCUGUCCAGCAGGAAGUUUAACUUCUUCAGUGGGAGUUGUUUAGUUGAGCCGCGGCGGGCGGUUGAACCCUCGACCAGCCAGCCGGUAGAGAUGACUUAAAACAGCGGAUGCCUUGGACACUUUCUUCCCGCUUUUUAAUAAUAAACUUUACCGGAUUAUAUAAUAUGCAAGAAGACUCACAAAAAUGCCCACACGGGAACUGUUAUUUCCCACCGAGUUAGCUCCGAGUUAGUCAACUGUUGAGAGAGUCCGUGAAGGCAUCAUGGCAAACGUUAAAGUUGCCAUUCGAGUCCGUCCUCUCAACGCAAGGGAGAGUGCGGAUGGAGGAAGGCUAGCAGUUCAGGUGGAGGAAAAGCUUGUGAGCAUCAAAAAUGUAAAGCUGGAUGGACGUACAGACGGUGCUGGAGAUUCGAGGGAGAAGCUUCUGGAGUUUUGUUUUGACUACUGCUACUGGUCGGUGGACCCUGCAGAGCCUCACUAUGCCUCGCAGGAGGAGGUGUUCCAGGAUCUGGGUGUGUCGGUGCUCUCCGGAGCCUCAGAGGGCUACAAUGUGUGUCUAUUUGCUUACGGCCAAACAGGAUCUGGAAAGACGUACACCAUGAUGGGGACACCGGACUCCAUUGGCUUGACCCCUCGGAUCUGUCAGGGUCUCUUUAGGUCUGAAGACACUUUUCCUGAUGGGCAAAACUCAAGCAGAGUGGAGAUCAGCUUCCUGGAGAUCUAUAACGAGCGUGUACGAGACCUGCUGAGAGGAGGAGAGCAGAAGAAGAGAGCCUCCCUGAGAGUUAGAGAGCACCCUGAGAAAGGACCUUAUGUACAAGAUCUGUCGCAGCACGUGGUCUCAGACUGCAAGCAGGCCAUGGACCUUUUGGAGGAAGGCAUCGCCAACCGAAUCACAGCAGCAACCCACAACCACGACGCCAGCAGCAGAUCCCACGCCAUCUUCACCAUCCAGUACACACAGGCAAUCCUAGAAAAUAACCUUCCCUCAGAAACUGUCAGCAAGAUUAACCUGGUGGACUUGGCUGGGAGUGAGCGAGCAGACCCCCACUACUGCAGAGAUAGACUGACAGAGGGCUCUAACAUCAACAAGUCGCUGGUCACUUUGGGCAUCGUCAUAUCUGCUCUUGCCCAGAACUCCCAGAUGUCCAGCAGCUGUCAGAGUAUCAACAGCAUGGCCUCUGAGGGCGAUGGCAGCACGGUGGGAAGCCACAGCAGCUCCCUGUCUGGAGGAGGAGGAGGAGGAGGGAGGAGGCACUGCUUCAUCCCCUACCGAGACUCCGUCCUAACCUGGCUGCUGAAAGACAGCCUGGGCGGCAACUCUAAGACCAUCAUGAUUGCAACGGUCUCACCCUCCGCUAACAGUUACAACGAGACCCUCAGCACCCUGCGCUAUGCCGCCCAUGCCAGAAAUAUUGUCAACAAGCCUCGGGUUAAUGAGGAUGCCAGUGUUCGGCUCAUCAGGGAACUGAGAGAGGAGAUUGACAGGCUGAAGAGCAUGCUGCUCAGCUUUGAAAUGCGUAAUCCCAGUCCAUCCCUGAGCGAUGAGAGGGAUGGAAGUCUGUCUGACAUCGUGCUGCAGAACGAACUAAAGGUGGAGCAGCUGACGAAGGACUGGUCUGAGAGCUGGAGAGACAAGAAGGAGCUGCUGGAGCAGUACAGCGUGGACAUCAACCGAGACCGGGCCGGAUUCCUCAUCAACUCCCUCCAACCACAUCUGGUUACUCUCGAUGGAGAUGUUCUCAGCACCGGGGUCGUCUUCUAUCACCUCAGGGAAGGAGUUACCCACAUAGGACCUCAGGAACAGUUUGAAGAACCACAAAUAGUUCUGCAGGGCAACUCCAGCUGUGAGAUUGAAAACCACGGAGGUGUGGUAACGCUCAGACCACUGCCGGGCUGCGUCUGCCUGCUCAACGACAGAGAGGUCACUGAGCCCUGCCGUCUGGCUCAAGGGACGGUGAUCACCUUGGGAGGAGUGCACAAGUUUCGCUUCAACCACCCAGCGGAGGCAGCCGUCCUCCGGGAACGCAGACGGGCCAGUGAAGGUGGCAUGACCUGCACCUACAUUGACCUUUGCCCCUUGACCCCUGACCACAGUGUCGAAGAAGUGAAGCUCCCGGGCCAGCUGGGUGCCUGUCUCUCCCCCAGUGAGGAGUCGACAGCUAGGCAGCGUAUGGAGGAACAGCAGCGCUACGUGGAGAGUUUGCGACAGGAGAUUCAGGCUGAACAAAGAAGGAGUGAGCGAGAGCUGGAGAGGGAGCAGGCCCACCUCCGACAGCAGCACAGUGAGAUCCAGCAGUGGAUUUUGCAGGAGAAACAGCGCCUAACAACUGUGGAGCUGAGAAGCACCCAAGAGUCUGGAGUUCAGACCGACCUUAUUCCCGCACCCCUCCUGGAGGGAGUGGCAAGACAUGCGUCUGAGGACCAGGAAGGUCAGACGGCGGAUCGUCCAUCCCAGGUGGUAAGGGCCAGGAAGAAGACGGUGCAGGAGGAGCUGCUGAAGCAUCACGCCCUGUGCCGUUCCGAGAGCCGCAUCCGUCGGAAAAAGUUGCACUACCAGCUGGAGAGAAUCGCCCGCAAGCGGCAUCUGUUGGAAGCUAAGAAAGAAUUGCAGCAGCUGGAGAGGGCCCUGCCUCCAGGACCUGACAGCCCUGAGUCUCCUGAACUGGGGUCCCCUGCAAAGCUCAGAGGAAGACCAUUUGUUUCUCGUAGACACUCAUUCUCUGCAGACCUUCUGUCCCGGCUCUACCCGCAGAACACCCCUAUAUUCAGACACUUCCUCAAGAGAAACCGAUCCACAGAACUGACGUCAAAUUCCUCCACAACCUCUGAUUCCAUCGGCAGCAGGAAGUGGGUUUCGGAUGAGUGUCUUCCUCGGGAAAGAACCCAGAGUUGUUCCGCUACGCUCUUCUCAGGACAAAGUCAAGCCUGUCUGAGUAGAGUAAGCUCCUCUGAAAAUCUCAGACCAGCUGCCAAAGAGGAGCCCCAAGCUCAGCCCUGCCGGGAGCGACCAGAAAGAAAACCUCUGCUGCCAAAUCGAGACCUGUCUUUUAAGAACAGAUCGGAUCAGAGCUCACCGGUUACUCUGAAGUCGCCACUUGGAGCUACUUUGCAGCCUGUCAGCAAAGAAAAUAUACAAGGACCCACAACAUGUAAAACCAGUUCUCAGAUUGUCCCUUGCUUGAAUGUGAUAACUCAACCCCAUGCUGGUACCAACGGACUGGAAACCAUCAGGAAGACUUUCUCUCGUUCUGUUGGGCCCAGGUUAAAAACCGCUCUGUCCAAAGUGUUCAGGAAACCACCAUCGGGUGUUAACGGAGGACGAAGCCCCAAACCUCUGGGGAGGAUUGCAAGCAAAUUUCACUGGAGACAAAGAAGGAGCCUCAAAGAUACCAAGAUGAGCCGAGGCAAAUGUGAAGUUAAAACAGCGGUCUCAUGUGAGGAGCUUGACCAAAGGACUCUGUUUGAGCACGUUAAACAGAGGCGGUGGCACAGUACCGAGGCUCUGAUGAGCAAGACCAGCAGAUGGGUCGAGAGACAGCAGGGAUUGAUGGGAUGGGAGGAAGAGCAGGAAGACGGAGAUGAAGGAACGUCAGACUGUGAGAGCCUUUUCUCUCUUGAUUCGCUGUCCUCUGCUUAUGUGACAGCGCUGGCAGAGCAGCUGAGACACGAGGAAGCAGCUCAGAGUGAAGCAGAGAGCGAAGACAGUCAGAUGUCUAAGGAUUCACUGGCUGUGGGGAGGAGUAGGAAACACUCAACAGUGGAGAAGCUUAGCCACACAGUGAUGCCAACUUACUCACUGGUGACAGAUUGUUCCCAUUCAUCCAUGCGGCACAAUACAACAGCAGUGGUCAGUUUAGACUGUGACAACUGUCAGGUAAUCCCAGCAGCGGCGUACUGGAGCCAGCAAGACUCCCCAAAAUCAAGACACAGCGGCGCUAAAGGGAAACCUCCUUGCCACAACCCAUUAGCAGCAGAUUCCAGAGGCAGAGACACUGUACACAAAUUGAUUGAGGACUUUGGGAACAUGCAAACCACUUCAACCAUCAGCCCACGCUCCCUGAGCAGCUGCAGUGUGAGGGAGCCAGAAAACAUGCUGGCACUCACCGACGCCUGGUCCUCCACUGACGCAGCAGACAGCCCCAGGAUUCACGAGGAUUCUCUGCCUUUCCAAAGACAAAUGAUAUUCAGAGGCGUAGAGAGCAGCAGCAGUCCCAGUCCAACCAGUAUGAACCUCUCAGACUGUCACAGUGGAUCUAGAAGCUAUAGCUCAACAUCCACAAGCACUGAGUGUGUAAAUGUAACCGUGCAGGAACACAGUCUUGAAAUUUCAAGGGGCAUAUCAGAAACUUUUCAAGACUGUCAGAUUCUAACAACACCAGAGGAAGCCCUGACGGACGUAGGAUGUUGUGUAGAGCAAUCAGAGGGACAAGUAGAAAAUAUGGGGAAGGCAGAUAUGGAUACUCAACACCACAGCAGCAUCAAAAGUCCAGCUUCCUUACCGACUUUAGAUCAAACCGCUUGUGUGUCACCCACUGAGAUUCACUACGCUAAACAACAAGCAUCACAAGUACAAGUCCUUCAUGUGUGCACAGAUGUCGCUGACAUGGUGGCCGCUGACACUACGAUGUCUUCUGACACUGAAAUGUGUACGUCAGGAAGUCCUACUAACCAAGGUCAAGUAUUGAACGAGAUGUCUGACCUUGCACGUGCCUUCAAACCGUCCUCUGAAGAUGAGGUACUAUGCUGUCUAAAGGGUGCAACAGAAAAGUUGGAAAAUAUCGAGUUUGGGAACACCAAAUAUCUAUCUGUUACAAGGGACAACAUUUUGGAUGAGGCUGAAACCAAAGACAUUGAGCAGUACAUUACACUACAGCAGGAGCUUGUUAAAUCAGCUUGUAAAAAUUCCAGGAAGAGGAACAAAGACCAGCAGGAUGCUUUCAUGGGCAGCCUGAAAAUUCCCAAAAGGAGCAAUGGCAGAGAGUUGGUAACUUUCUGCUCCGCACCAGCUGGCAGCCAGGAAGAUAUUUGGCCUGAUGACAAUAAUAACACCAGUGACUCAAAAGGGGAACAAUCUGCCGUGGAAGCUGACAGCUCCCGAUUUGAUUCUGCUUGUGUUGAUGGCAGCGUUAGACAAGACACAGUGGCUUCAGAGGCGUUGCCAGUUUUUAAUCCCAUGAGCAGGAAACUUGGACGGAUCUUUGAGGACUCUGAAUGUGGUGGCAAAAGUCCUCAGAGUGGUAUCUCUGUGGGAGAGAGGGAAGCUGUAACAAUAAAGGAAGAAGCUGCAGAAACUAAAGGAGGGGAAUCGCAAAUUGAUGACCCCAGAAAACAUCAAGAAAGUAGAAAACACAUAUGCAAAUCAGAUGCUAUUUGUAGCGCUAUUGACCUGAGAAUCUCAGAAGUGGUCAAAGAGCACAUGAGAUUGUCAUUGAUUGGCAGCGGUGAUGACAGGAAGAGAAAAAGUCAAAGCUUGUCAUCCUCUGUGUGUCAUUUUGGCUGUAGCAGUGAUGAAAAUAGAUGGACAGAAAGAGAGCUGAGAGAUAAAAUGAGUGAUCAGGUGAAAGAAGGAGCAAUCUUCUGUGAACACCUUGCACUGGAAAGGACAAGUGAAAACACAGAGGACAAAAAUGAGCAUGUGGCAUCACAUCUUCCAGCUGAAUUGCGGACUAGCCAUGAGAGCAACUUCCACUUUAAAUACACUGAAGUAACACAGAUUGACCGAGCUCAUAACUUCUCUGAUGUGACAUCAAACAAGCCAGUAAUCGAUCAUUGUGCUUUCCAAAAGUCCUCUGCCAAAAACAACAGCGUCCAAUCAAAGAGAGGAGAGUCUGAGCACUCUGGCAACCCCACUUUGCAACCAGUUAUUUUGUCCUUGAUGAGUGAAUCCAUUGAUUCUCAAGGAAACGCUGUGGAGAAAGAUGUUUUGUGUCAAGAAAUGAAUGAUUCAGGUAAACAAAAAGUAACAUCGCAACUAAAUCCUUUCAUCAAUGAUGCAUGCUUGAAUGAAGUGGACACCCAGGGCUGUUUGGAUGCCCCUGCUGUGAAUCCUGAACUUCACCAAAUACCCCAUGAAACACUUUCCACCACGGGCGACGCGAAAGGAAACUGUAAUCAUGUAAUUGAUGUCGGUAUGGAAGCCAAAUCCAGUGUUGAACAUAAAGACAGUCAUUCGCACAAACAGAACUCACCGAGGACCAUUCAACAUUUCCAAAAUAGUCCUGACACAUCUGGAGCCAUACAACUAUUAUCAGAUGGAGGAAGUCUUGAAUUCAAACCGCACGGACGUCACAGCAGCCAGAACACACCCACUGAUGAGAGUGCCUCUAUGGCUGUUUCUCCUGGCCGUGAUGGAAAUAGUGAAACAGCCAACACAGCAGGAGAUAAACCUUGUGUCACAGCACAGGAUGAGUUCGGCUGUCAGACUCCUACAAAUAACUUGGCUCAGACUUGUUUGGUCGAUAUGAAUUGCCACAACAAAUGCCAAAAUGCGUCCGAUUCACUGUGCAAAUUUGUGAAGGAUACUCCAAUUGACAGCAAACGAGAUUCUGCCAUGAAAAAUGACAAAGAGACAUCGACUCCAAAGCUCUUAGCAGAGUCAAAAUAUGAAGCAAGUAUGUCUAGUCCACAGGGGAAUGCUGUCAGAAAUACCAGUUGCUAUGGAUCUGUGAUGUCCAAACAGGUUAAGCUAAACACAUCUGGUGAUAAACAGGAUAAUCCUUCUCUUAUGUCUACAAAGGCCAAGUCUAAGAGGCUCAGAAAGAGUAAGAUCCAGACUCAUCCCACCUCUUCCUCUGAGUUCUCUCCCAAGUCGUCAGAUGAGGAUGAGGAGGACAUAACCUCCAGAGUGCAUCACAGCCGACUCUCCUCUAAAUGGGUAAAGCUUGGCGAUCAGAGUAAUGGUAAAGAAGAAGUCAGACAGGGUAGAAGUAACGAAGCAGAUGUUUCUACUACGGUGUCAGCGAGCAAAAUGAAGACUUGUUCUGCUGGAUCUCAUGGCAAAAGUGAAGUUAAAGUUAGUAGAGAUUACACCUCAAAAAGACACUCUUUACCCCCUCAAGCACUAUCACAAAGGACAACUGUAGAAAAAAUCACCUUGUAUGCAAAGAGAAGUGAAUCACAACAGGACUCCGCGAUGCAUUUUGCCUCCAGUGACAUCAACCCUUUUUUUCACCAGCGGCAAGGCGGCGACUCAAACCAACACAGUUAUAAUAAGACCCCAGCGUUCGGAAGUGCUGCUGACCUAUCCUGUAAAUCUCCGCUUUUGAACAGCGCUGAGAAACGUAUAACAAGAUGCUGCAGCGUUGACAACGGUUUGAACGGGCAGAACUCGCCUUUCUAUUCCCAUCUGAGCACUUACGCUACCAGCAAGGGGCUCUCCAGCACGCUUAGCAGUAUGGAGGAUUAUAAGGAACAAGGGAACAAAACCUCCCAGCUCUCGCCCUGUCAACAGGCAUCUGUUGAUAUUCACAAUCAUAUAGCCAAUCUGACGGUGACCGGCAGUUCUUCAAGUAGCGAUGCUCCUGCCGGUUUUGGUAACAACUCCAGUCAGGUGGAUGAAAUUAUGUUUGUGUACUCGUCUGAGCAAGAAUCCCAGGCCAGCAAAACACAGGCCCAAAGGAGGAGGACGUUUGAGCAUGGCACUCAAACUGAGCGUGGCCUUCAGACGGUAAAUAUUGGUAACGGCAGUAGUGCUCCGAAGAGGAGAGAGCGGCACAAAAGGAGCAACACUGACGUACCUGCAACAAAGAAAGUGGACAUUAAAGAAUCUCCAACGUGGGCCAGUAUGGAAAGCAUGUCGGCUCACCUCACGAAGCUGAUCGACAGCACCUCCGACCUGCUGGGGGACGUCCAGGGAAUGAGAACCGGCGAAGCCCUCAAGUCCAGUCCGAGGAGGAGUGUCAACAUGUCAAAUAUCAGCAUCUCUCACAGUGAGUCUAACGACUGCACACAGAGACACUGCUCGACUCAAACAGCCGUAGAUGUUGGGAUCCAGACGGAGAGGUCUUCAACAUCAGCAGCAAAGGAAGUUGCUACUUGUGAAAAGUCCAAAUCUCAUGAAGUCAAUGUGAUAGUCAAAGUGAUCGGCUCUGAGGUUGUCGGUGUAUCCCAAGACAAGAAUGCGCACCGUGUGGUGAAGAGUGCAGAUGAAAAGAUGCAGAGCAUGCCUGACCUGAGCUUUAACACUGCAGCACAAAGGUCUGCCUCACAAUCAGAGAAUAAAAUACCUCCUGUAAAGACGGCAGGUGAACUUCAAAGACGUGUACGAUCUGCUUCUUCUAGAGGCUCAAAGCAAAGCACGCCCGAGGCACUGUGCCACAAAAGUGUUGAAGUCUCCCGCAGAUCAUCGAAAAACAGCUGCCAAGAAAAUCACAGUCCCUCUGUAAGAAAUGACCCAUUGCUUUCUUUAAAGAAACAAGCUACAUACACAGACCGUGCAUCAUCUCCCAUAAGAACUGUUGGAACAAGAUUACGUUUGAAGCAGAAAGGAAACCAAUCAACACUAAAUACACACCGUUCUGAGAAAGACAACCUUACUGUGUCUUCUAGUAAACAAUCGGUGUGCACAACAGUUUCAGAGGAUGAGCAAAUGCCCAGACAGGUUGGUGAUGUUUCCUCUUGUACAUCAGAAUCUGUAUCACUUGAGAAGGUGAGUGAAAUGAGCCCUAAAGGCUCUGAUAAGUGCUCUAUGAGUUCAUCACUGGAUAGACGUACAGACACUGACAGGAGAAAUAUUACCUAUAAUGACUCCAAAUGGCAGAUGACCUCUCAGCAGUGGAGGACUUCUACUUCAGCAAAAAGGCAGAUCGCCAUGUCUCCCAUAUUAAGACCGACUGAUGUGCACAAACAGCCGGCUAAAGCUACACAUGGAAAGACAUCAGGCUACACAAGACCUGAAGAUGAUUCUGUAGAUUUUUGCGUUGAUUCCUACAGUCCGUCCCCGGUCAGCAACGGGACUGUUCAACUUCAGGAGGACGACAUGGUGUCACUGGCACCCAGCGAGUGCAACACCGACGUCCUCGUGAACAUUAAACCCAUCACCAGCGUGUCCCCGCGUCAACACCACGAGAUAUCCCCAGAGGACUUGCCCAUGCACAACAAGUUCACCAACUGGUCGGGCAUCAACCUUCAACAAUCAAAACAGUCCAACAAACCGGCCACUUUUCAUACCAAAGACGGGAGCAGAAACCCUGCCGAGUGGGGCGAGAUGGAGAGCUACGGCUCAAAUGUAGAGUCCACGGUGCCGAGCGAUAGAAGGACAAGAGAGAUAGAGAGGCUGCGACAGGAGAGAGAGCAGGUGAUGGCGACGGUGAGCCUCAACGCGAACCCGACGCCGCUGACUGUGGAGCUGACGGAGGCCAAGCUGCACUACGGCCUCGGAGAGACGGAUACGCUGUUGAAGAUGCUGUCCCCGAGGUCCAGAGAAGAGCCGGAGCCACCGACAUCGACGUCUACCAAACAGCAGCUGUAUGAUAGACACCGCAGGAGUAUUGAGGGUUUGAGGCUGGAGAGGGAGGAACGUCUCCAGACUUACCGGAGAGCUCGUAGUCUGAGUCCCAGCAAACAUCCCCGCUCCUCUCCGCAAGAGGCUGUUUCCUCCUCCAAGGUGUCUGCCGCCAUGCCCAGUCGGCGUAAAGAGCACCUACAACAGCUCCGCCAAGAGGUGAUAGACAGCACCAGAAUACCGAACCCCCCACGAGGAGAGGGCCAGUGUCCGUCUGACAUUGAGCAGCUGUUGCGUGACUACAGCCGAGCCCGGGAGGAAGCAAGGACGGAGAUUGCGAAGGCGCGAGAACGACUGCGAGAAAGGACUGAGCAGGAGAAGAGGAGGCUUCAGCAGCAGGCCCUGUCUCAGGAAGCCAAGGAUGACCUGAGGCAUCGGACAAGAAUCAGUAACAGCACCUUGUGCACAGGAUCCAGCCUGAGCCUUUCCUCUGGACCAACGUCAGGGUACAACAGCGGCAACACGGCCCAGCUCCAGCACGGCAACAGACCACUUCUGACUGGACAGGUCACAGGGAUCCAGGAUGAAGGGCUGAAGGUCAGGACACGUCCUCCUAUAUGUGGUCCUCAAAGUGUGAAGUCACAGAGAGCCUGGCUGUCUGCCCAUGAUGUCCGCCAUGAGCCUCCGGUCGCCGGGUUCGAGCCCCUGAUGACUUCAUCUCCAUCACCCCCAACUUGUUCACGUCAACGCACCGCCUCCUUUGGCUCCUCCUCUUCCAUAUCCACAACCUAUCAGGACAUCACAUCUAGUCUCUUCGGUCGAGCUCUGGCCGAGGUGCGACAAGCUUCCUCUGGGGAUUUGAGCAACCUGCUAACCGGCAAGGCCACAGCAGGCUGGAGGCACCAGGGAGAAGAACGGGGUAUCCAGGCUUACUACAAGCCCUCCUCCAGCCCGUCUGUCCACGGUUUCCUUGGGGCCGGCGAGCUGGAUAGACCUCUGGAAAGUCUGUGGAACAUAAUCUGCCAGCUGUCCAAGAGCCACAUGUAUAAUCAGUCAGUCCGUUCUGUCUGGACACGACCACUAGAUGACAGCACUCAGCUGGUUUAUAUUCUAACAGAUCCGUCCACCUGCCACCUCAGCCAGCCGCGAGACUUCUGCUGCAUCAGCACUGAGUCCAAACAGGGUGGCUUGUGCGUGCUGGCGAUGCAGUCUGUGUUCGAGGAGUCUCUGCCUCGUCCCAGUGUGGACGCCGUCCGAGGGGAGAUGAUGCCCAGUUGCUGGAUCCUGCAGCCAAUUAGACGUCGUGGACAGGAGGCCACCAGGGUCAUCUACCUGCUGCAGGUGGACUUGGGAACUCCAUCCUUCCCUCACCGACUGUUGAACACUGUUGCCAGGAGACAGGCAGCUGUCAUCGCUGAUCUUGACGUUUUCCUCGCCAAAUCCACAGGACUCAUGAAGUCGCAUUAGCAGUGAGCACUUAGACUCUCUCAUGGAGUCGGUCUGUCUUUUGAAUUUGCACCUGACAUUUAUUUACUUGACUAUUUUUUUUUUAAUUCUAAGAGCACUGUUAUAUUGUUUCCCAGUUACAAAGUUGAAGCAGCUUAUUUUAUAUAUAUGAAGAUAUUUUUUGAUAAAAUAUUGAAACUGUAUUUUUAUAUUUGUGAUGUACAUGAACGCUUUUAACAAUCAUAAUCCUAUUUUACCAAAGAUUGUUUAGAAGUCUAAAGAAAUGACACACUGUCUUUAGAUUUAGACAGCUUGAUAAUUAAUUAUCCAAGGCUACAAAGUUUCCCCACCUAAUCGAUUCAUUCAUGUGAUGAAAUAGGUUAAUUAUAACCUAUAAGUCAUUUAACUCCCUUAAUACCUGUUAGCAAUAUGGUGUCUAUUGAUUUCUACCAUAUUGUAACGUGGACAGCCAAGUUAACAUGGUCAACAUCACAGCUAGAGAACCUUUAAAUUGAGGUUAAAUAGUCAGAUAAUCAAAGGUUACACUGAUUUGAUGUAUAUUUACUACGCAAGUGUUUACUUUCUAUCUAUGAUAGAUAGAUGCAGCCAGCUUUGUUGUUAAAGGGACAUGUCAAUGCACCUGAGAUUAAAACCAGAAGGCAGCAUCACUUUGUUCCAGAUCUGGGUUUGAGCAGUUUAUGCAAAUGCUUUGUUUCAGCCUACGUGGAUAGAUGAUGAGGGGCGUGUGCCAGACAUGACAAUAAAAUGAGAGCUGGAACACUUCUUACAAAGGAAAGUAUUUGAAGGUCAGUUGAGUUUAUUUCUUGUGAACGUCAACUGAGGUGACACCUGAUUUGUCCUUAAAAGGUGAACCACAUCCAAACAUACGAAGGAGGUGUUUGCAAACACUGUUUAACCCUGAUUUGUUACAGUACAUAUACAGUAUGUACAUAUAUCAUCAGACACUGCAUAUUUUAACCACUCAAAAGACCUUAAUUAUUCCACAGUUUUGCAGCAAAAAUGUAUGUAAGGGACUGUACAAAAAUUAUUUCUGUGAGGUAGUUUGACUUUUUUUGGGGAAAGCAGGAUAGACUAUAUAUGAAGAUGGACGACGCAUUUCCACUUCCUCCCAUUGUACAAAAGUGAAGCCAAAAUAUCCCGGAUACGGGAGCUGCCAUAUUGAGAUUUUGACGUAAUUUGGAGCCAGCGUCUGCACAGUAGCGAUCGGGUGGUGGAGCCACGGUAUCGAGGUC